GCGAGUUAUUUGUGACUGACUGGAGGCACCCCGUGGCCGAUGGGAAGACCGCGUUUCGGCGGAGGGUCCUGAGGGGAUUCUCCGUGUUGAUCCGGUGCCGAAGCAGCUCCAGAAUACCUAUUACCAGUGCCUCGUAUUAUGCCACCAUGACACUCGAGCAAGUUAGGCAUGUGUUUCGCUCUGACACGGAAGUUCCCAUGCCUUUGAUUGAAGAGAGACAUCGCGUGCUGAAUGAAAGUGGAACAAUUCUGUUGGAGAAAUUUGGAGGCUCUUUCCUCACCUGUGUUAAAAUGAGUGAAAAAAGUGCUCAGAAACUACUACGUUUAGUAGUGGAAAAUUUCCCUUCUUACAGAGAUGAGGCUGUAUUUGAGAAUAAAAAGGUGUCCUUUUACAAACGAGCACAAAUACUUGUGGCUGAUACGUGGAGUGUAUUAGAAGGCAAAGGAGAUGGCUGCUUUGGUGACGUUUCUAGUCUGACUAUAUUUGCCGACUACAGGAUCCCUCAAGUUCUUGUUCACCUAAAAGCAAUGAAAUACUCUGAGGAACUAAUGAAGAAACUACGUGAAGGAGCAAUUUUCCAGUCUGGAGAUAAACGAGAGGUGGAGAUCCGUGGUUGUUCUAUCUGGUGUUGUGCAUUGAUUUGUAAGCAGCUGCUGGAGCUCUAUGAGAAGAAGGGUCAGGACAUGCGUGAAAAGAUCAAUGCGGUUUUACUCGAUUAUUACCUUUGGGACUAUGCCAGGGAUCACAGGGAAGACAUGAAAGAUAUCCCAUUUCAUAGAGUUCACAACUCUGAAUGGACAAGUCCUCCAUCAAGCUAAAUGGAAUAAAAUGAUAUGCAAAAGCCCCUCUCUUUGCAACCACAAAAGAAUACGUGAAGCUGGUUAUAUUUUCAACAAACCUGAAUUUCAGGUGUUUACUGGAGGAGUCCUGCCAGUUCAGUAAUACAGCUUUCUUGAAAGCAGUGUGUGGGAGUUUAGCAAGCAGGAAGUUCAGCAAACUUUCCCUUGUGUUGCAAGUAAACUUACAAUGAGCGAAAGUAAAUGAUAUGUUUGGAACCCAGCAGCACUUG